GUACUGGAGGAAUCCCCAAUUGUUGAAGUGCUACGCACGAACGAUUUGCAGGAUGUAUCCAAGGACAAGCUGAAAGGACCAGCGAGGGAGCGGCUGCUCAAAUUUUAUCGCCGGCUGGAUCAGGUGCUGAAAAUCUUGGAGAACAAGUCGUACCGCAAGUACUAUCAGAAUUUGCUGGCGGAGAGCGUUCAACGCCAGCAGCACUUCCAGCAGCAGAAUGAGGUUCUUCAUGAUUAUGUUUGCGAGUUGGAGAAAGAGUUUGCUGACAUUAGUGAUGCGAUCUACAACUACCGCUCCAAGAAGGAGCUGAUGCUCACAAAGCUGGCUGGUCUACUGGACAGAGGGGAGUACUCACACCUGGCGUCCAAAAGAGGCAGAAGUUCAAGCAAGCAGUGA